GGACAGUGCAAAUAAACUAAUAAAUCUCUGCUACGAGAGGAGUCCAGCUCUGUGAGCAGAGUAAGCCGACCUCUGUCGAGGAGAGUAAACCUUGAGAUGUCAACUACAAGGACAAAGAACGCGGACAAAUUCGUUAUCUGUAAGUGAUCAGAGAGACACCCUUUUGUCGGAAUGAAUGCUGGGCCGACCCAGAUCAGCCAUCAGGCAGCAGACGGUACGGAGGAAGGUCAAGACAACCCAACCCAUGCAACACCAAGUACUGACAGUCCUGCAAAUACACCAACUUUUGGAAUGAGUCAUAGAAAUAACAGCCCUGAAUAUGAUCCCGAAAACCAGAAGGAUGAAGAUAUGAAUUGUUGUCAAAUUGGCAUAACAUCAGCACAAAGUAAAGUCAUAGCUUUUCACAAGGAACACACCACAUGGAUAUGGAAAAGCAUUGCUAUUGUUGCAUUUCUGUUAUACGUGGCCUAUUUUGGCUAUGCUAUGCACUGGCAAUUUGGAGAUGAAGGUUCCAUCAGACUUUUAGUAGGAACCAUAUUUGGUGUGUUUCUCAUCGUGAUGAAUCUGGUGUGGGACUCCAUCAAGGCCCCGUUUGAAGCAUGUGGAUGCUUGUUCAGUAACACUGACGUUGCUAUCAGAAUGAAAAUUUUGAGAUGGGUGAUGUACGUGUUAUGUCUGGUAGCAAUGAUCGCGAUCCUGGUGAAUGAGGUGGCCAUCCCCACACCUGACAACCUGAUAUCCCUCGCAGGUCUCGCUGCCUUCAUCAUCUUGUGUUUCAUCUCCUCCACUAACCCCGGAAAGGUCGACUGGCACCCGGUUUUCUGGGGACUGGCUCUCCAGUUUUUCUUUGCUGCCAUCAUCCUGCGGAGACAGUGGGGAUACGAUGGGUUCAAGUGGCUUGGUGAUCGAGUGACCGAGUUCCUGGCCCACACUGAUGUUGCAUCUAAGUUCGUCUUUGAUAAUACUGAGGCUUAUGUCUUUGCAUUUGCUAUUAUGGCUGUGGUCACUUUCUUCAGCGCCUUCAUCUCCACCAUGUAUUACCUGGGUGUCAUGCAAGCGGUGGUUCGUGUCCCUGGACGCUUCCUGUCAUUUUGCCUCGGGACAACACCAGCGGAGUCGCUGAAUGCUGCAGCAAACAUUUUUAUUGGCAUGGCUGAAGCGCCACUUUUGAUCAAGCCAUUUUUGGAGACAAUGACAGUUUCCGAGCUCCACGCAGUGAUGACAGGAGGAUUCGCUACAAUUGCAGGAGGCUUGUUUGGAGCUUAUAUCGGGUUUGGGGUUCCUGCCAAUCAUUUACUGUCAGCGUCAAUAAUGUCCGCACCAGCGGCUUUGGCCAUCUCUAAACUGAUGUGUCCAGAGACUGAAGUGACCACCGCAUCGUCACACGACUAUGGGAAAACGAUGAAAGGGAAGGAACGCAACCUGAUUGAGGCGGCCUCCGAGGGUGCAUCAACGUCCAUCAGCCUCAUCGCCAACAUCGUUGUCAACCUCAUUGCUUUUCUCUCUCUACUUUCCUUCGUCAAUGCCACACUAAACUGGUUUGGGGACCGUGUAGGCGUCGAAGGCUUCACAUUUGAGUUAAUUUGCUCCUAUCUGCUGUACCCAGUGGCCUUGUUCAUGGGUACACAGCCAUCUGACUGUCGCCGCGUGGCUGAGCUGGUUGGCGUGAAGACCUUCACGAACGAGUUCAUAGCCUACAAAUCUCUUCAGGAACUGCUGCAAAACAGACAGACGUUCCUUAACUACACACAGAACUACGGCUACGAGGAUAAGUGGUACUGGGAUGGCCAAGCUGCUGUUCUUACUCAAUGGAAUAUGACGCUUAAGAGAGGAUUCAUGGAGGAACGCUCAGAGGUGAUAUCAACGUAUGCAUUAUGCGGGUUUUCAAACUUUGGCUCCAUGGGCAUCCUCCUGGGUGGGCUAUCGGCGCUCGCUCCUUCUCGGAAGAAGGAUCUGUCUUCACUAGUUCUGCGAGCAAUGAUAGCAGGGAAUAUUGCAUGUUUCACCACAGCAUGUAUCGCGGGUUUGUUCUACAAAGAAUUCUAAUCUUGUAACGAAAAUGGUAUUAAUUCAACAGUUUGGAUACACAUGUUGUACUCAUUUUGUUAUCAUACUCAUAAUCUAAGAUUCGAAACCAGGAAAGACAAUCUAAGCACGAUUGAAGGCAUCAGUCAUCGUGUUCACUGUUGUUACUUAAUUACUAUGUUCUAAUAAAAUACGAUAUGUAAGGUUGUCAAUCAAAGAAACGUCCCAAUUCAAAACUAGAGCCAAUGGUAUCUUUAGACCACACCUAGACAUAAUGCUGAAUUACUAUUGUUUAUGUUAAUGUCUAAACCUUCAUGAUUAUAUAACGUGAGUUUGAGACUAUCAUAGCGUUGUGACAGCUGUAACGAUAUAUGUAGUACUACUCUUACAAAAGAAGAGGGUCAUGAAAUAUUAAUGUUAAUACCAGGUACUAGAAGUUAAGUGUUGACGACAAACAUCCAAGAACGUCUAUGUCUGUAAAGCUUAACACCAAAACAUAUCCUAUUGUUUGUAUGUGCCUCACGCGGUAGCGACAUACACAUUCGUAGGGUGUAAUUACUGAUUUUGACACUUUCACGGAAGGUCGAUUUAUCUGUGGAGACCAUUAUUUCUGUCAAUCUGAUUGAUUCUGCUUAUCAUAUACACUUGUGGUCGGUGGCUUAUGAUGUUGACGCACACGUCUCCCCAUCAUCUGCAAGAGCAGUGGGUCAGCCCCAAUCAAACAGCCAUCGGGUGACUCGUGCGCAGUCUGCCUCGUUGAGUGAAUGAAUGUUUGACAAAUCUUGGCGGUAUCACGCAGAACUGGUCAAAAUCGCCAGCUUUGAAAUUUCCAAUUUUAUCAAUUCCGUCCUUGAAGAUCUACCGUCAUUCUUUACUGCCGGUUGUACCCAAUUCGUUCAUUAUUAUCAUACAACUAUUAUUAGAAAAUGAUAUCUAACAGUUUGGGAAAAUUUCAGAUAUUUCCGAGUAUCUCAAAUUGUUUUUAAGUAUGUACUUGACAUGUGUCAGGUUCACUGUGGCACGUGAUACAGUCAAACUGGUUCAUGACACAUGUUUCUGCUGGGAACGUCUGGUGGUACUCAGGGCAAAUUACUGGAUUUGCAUGCAAUGCAAACACAUUUCCAGAUAUUGAACUGCUAGAAUUCAGGCUCAUAGCACAGUGAAGAAACUUCGGUGACUCGACAGAACUCGCAUCUGUGUUUGGCCAUAACAACCCACUUGCACAAAGCGAUCUUAGCGUUAAGAUGAUCGUAACUCCCAUACUUUAACAUAGGCUUACGAUCGUCUUAGCUCUAAGAUCGCUUUGUGCAAGUGGGCCCUGGUGAACAUAUGGAGGCCUUCUGCGCAACUCACAACAUGUCCUCCUGAUCAGGGGGCACGGGUGGCCCAGUCGUCUAAGGCGCCGCGAUUCGCUGUGCAGAGUUGCGUCCCUUGGGCACGCCAGAAACCUAUGAUUGUGGGUUCGAAUCUUGGUUCGCCCCAAUUAUGUUUCU